AUGAAACUACAGGUGCUGAUCAUCUUCACGUCAGUCCUGGUGGCUCAAUACGCAUCCUCACGUGUCAGUAUUCCAGAGUUCCCCGGACUUGGAGAAACGGAUCAGAGAGACAUGGACGAGCGCAGCACCUCAGAAGACGACAGGAUUUGCUUCUUGUUAAAAGAGAAGGAUUCUGAGAGCCACAUUUCCUGCAAGCAUCGUUUAACUCGCAGCAAAUUUAACUACAACCCGUUCGGGCUGCGCUUCGGGAAGAGAGACGGAAGAUUAAAAAGCCACAGAAUGAGGAAGAUUCUCCCACUUCUGCUGUUUGUGAGAGAACUGGAGGAGGGGUCAUGA